AUGACAGAUUCGAAUGAGAACGAGAUGACAUUAAAGAGCCUAGACGAAGGACUAUUGGAAAAAGCGGUGAAAGAAUUUAGGAUGAAAAGGAGAAAGAAACCUCCAGAUGGAAUGAAUGCCGACGGUGGUCCGCUGGUGAAGACCGAGGGGGGACAGGUGCGGGGUCGCAUCGCCACUUCGUUCACAGGACGUCGCUACGCCAGCUUCCAGGGCAUCCCUUAUGCGAGUCCCCCAGUGCGGAACCUCAGGUUCAAGCUCCUGUGGCAUGUGAGCCUCCUGCUGGCAGGGCGUUGUUACCAGCGGCUGUGUGCUCCACAGGCGCCGCAGGCCGCAGAGCCGUGGCAGGGCGUGCUGAACGCGUCGGCGCCAGGACACGGCUGCCCCCAGCUGGACCAUCGCUCCGGAUGCGUCGUGGGCCACGAGGACUGCCUCACCCUCAACGUCUACACCACGCAGCUGGAAGGCAAGCCGCAGCCGGUGCUGGUGUGGGUCCACGGCGGGUCGUUCGCCAACGGCAGCAGCCGCCUCUACCAGCCGGACGUGCUGCUCGACCAACAGCUCGUCGUCGUCACCCUAAACUACCGACUCGGCGCCCUCGGUUUCCUGUGCUGGCCCAGGGCUGGGGUGCCAGGCAAUAUGGGCUUGCGCGACCAGUCGCUGGCUCUGUACUGGGUGCGACGCAACAUCGCUGCGUUCGGUGGCGACGCUGGAUGUGUCACCCUAGCGGGACAAAGUGCAGGGGCCGCCUCCGUCAUCUUCCACAUGCUGUCGCCGCUCUCCAAAGGCUUGUUCGACCGCGCGCUGUGCAUGAGCGGCUCAGCGCUGUGCUCGUGGGCGACGCCGCCCCACCCCGAACAGCGUGCGCUGCGUCUGCUGAGGGCGGCGGGGCUGCCCACACACCUCAACCCCGGAGCCGGCAGCGACGCCGCUGCUGUGGCCGCCUUUCUCGCGGGCCCCGGCGCCGCCCCAGACGUUCUGGUGCCGCGUUACUACGACGCACUGGACCCACAGGAGCCGGUUGAGCCGAUGCUGCCGGUGCUGGCGGCCUGCGUGGAGACGGAGGCGGAGGCGUGCGUGGGCGCCUUCCUGCCCGACGCGCCGUCGCGGCUGCUGGCGGCGGGCCGCGUGCACCGCGUGCCACUGCUGGCAGGGCUCACGGACGGCGAGGCCAACUUCCUCCUGCUCAGGAACCACGGAGUGGAAGGGGAGCUGAUACCCCUGUACCAGCGGCUCGGGUCAGACACGGAAGGAGUUCGUGGCACACCUCCGUCGACCACAUCGGGCAUCACGUGGGCGCUGGAAUCGUGGACACAGGAACACAGACGUUGGAAAAGAUUAAGGCCCAAAUUGGUAGCUGAUGAGCGCGAGCGCGUGACAAGCAACUGUACUGGUGUGCUGAUUGUACUGCACUGCACUUGCACAUGA